AUGGCUCAAGAAGAGAUGGAAGUUGAUCUCCAGCCAGUGGCUGGUUACUCUGUAGAGAACCUCAGGACGCUUCCCACAGAGCCUUCUGGUCACACAGUGCUGUCAUCCACUGCUCCAGUGCCCGGUGGCCUACAAGGGGCUUCCGAUCCGUAUCGGCCACUGCCUGUGCCACAGGUCACGCAGCGUCCGCGAGUGAGGAGAGCCCGCAGGCAGCAGAGAAUCGGUGGUUCCCAGAGGACUGUCAGUGCCAGGGCAGCGUUGGACAGUUACUUUCAACUCAGCAGGACCCAAGAGCCAGCUACAGGACUAGUCCCGCGUCUGGAGCCCUCACAUAUUGCGAGGGACAACCAGGAACACAGCUCAGAUGAAAUAAUAGAAGUGAGCGACUCUGACAGCAGCACUUCUGCUGAGGAGGAGGAAGCGGCGGAGGCAGCAGCACCGCUCUUACCGUCGGCCCGGGAGACACCUCCGGCAGCUAGCUCAGGAGUUUCCAGUCACAUCCAAGAAGAGCCGCCUCAAGCUUUGUCUCAAGCUUCUGCAGGAGGCCAUGAAGAUGAAGAGGCUGAAUUCCAGCAAAAGCAGAGAACUCCACUAAAGAAACUGGAACCAUCAGUUCCUUUUGCUCCGUUGGAUGAGGAGGAAGGCGAUACCUGUGCCAUCUGCUUUGAGCAGUGGACCAACGCUGGGGACCACCGUCUCUCAGCAUUGCGGUGUGGACACCUCUUUGGUUACACGUGCAUUGAAAGGUGGCUCAAGGGACAGGCAGGGAAGUGCCCCCAGUGCAAUAAGAAAGCAAAACGUUCCGACAUUGUGAUCCUGUACGCUCGCACUUUGAAAGCGCUGGAUACCAGUGAACAGGAACGCAUGAAAAGCUCUUUAGAAAAGGAACAAAUGUUGCGGAGACAGGCAGAGCUGGAAUCCGCACAGAGCCGUCUCCAGCUGCAGGUUUUGACAGACGAAUGCAGCAAACUCCGCAAGCAAGUUCAGGAGCUGAAGGCUUUGGUGGCCCAGCACAAUGUGAGUGCUUCUCAGCAGCCCGGCAGCUCCCGCACCUGCCUCCCAGGCAGCCUCCCCUCCAGCCAAAGCCAGCGCAAGUACCACUUGGAAAAGGUUUUUGUGGUGUCUCAGACUGGGAACUGCAGAGUAAUGGCAUACUGCGACUCGCUGAGUUGCCUCGUGGUAUCGCAGCCUUCUCCGCAGUCUACUUUUAUUCCUGGUUGUGGUGUUAAGAUGAUGAGCGUGGCCAACCUGAAGAGCAGUCAGUACAUCCCCAUCCAUAGUAAACAGAUUCGGGGGCUGGCUUUCGGCGGUCGAGCGGAUGGCUUGCUGCUCUCUGCUGCUCUGGACAGCACUCUCAAACUUACCAGCUUGGCAACAAAUACCGUGGUGCAGACAUACAAUGCUGGCCGUCCUGUCUGGAGCUGCUGCUGGUGUCUGGACGAUACAAACUACGUCUAUGCUGGAUUGGUCAAUGGCUCUAUCAUGAUAUAUGAUUUGAGAGACACCAACUCUCAUGUCCAGGAACUCGUCCCUCAGAAGUCCAGGUGCCCCAUGGUAUCAUUGUCCUAUCUGCCCCGGGUGGCCUCAGCAUCACUGCCUUACGGUGGAAUACUAGCUGGGACCUUGGAAGGAGCCUGCUUUUGGGAACAGAAAACUAGCAACUCCUACCGGCCUCAUCACCUGCCACUGGAACCUGGAGGAUGCAUCGAUAUUCAAACAGAGAUCACCACUCGGCACUGCCUCGCCACGUACAGACCCAGUAAAAAUAACCCUUGUGUGCGUUGUGUGAUGAUGGAACUGACUUGCAGCCCACUGACAGAGGCCUCUGAAGAUGUAGUGUGUUCUUCUAACCCGGUUCAGACUUUCAGCGCUGGGCCCACCUGCAAGUUGCUGACCAAGAAUGCCAUUUUUCAGAGCCCGGAGGAGGACGGCAGCGUCUUUGUGUGUGCUGGCGAUGAGGCAUCUAAUUCUGCCCUGCUCUGGGAUGCUGGCAGUGGCUCCUUGCUGCAGAAGCUGCAGGCUGACCUGCCCGUGCUGGCUAUCUGCCCCCUGGAAGUGAACCAAACCCACCUCCUGGCUACUCUGACGGAGAAGAUGGUGAAGCUCUACAAGUGGCAGUGAGAGCAGUCCACACACCUGCCACAGAGAGGCUUUCCAAAUAUGCUGCUGAUUAACCCUACGCAACCGCGCAGUCCCAGAC